AAAAAGGGGUUGGCAAUGCGGAAAUUCGUAGCACACAGAGCCAAAACUUUACUCAAAACCACCACAUCCAAAUCAAAUUCUAAUUAUUCCUCUUCUUCUUCAAAACUUGCUAGAUUUUUUACAUCACUUAAUUCACCUCCUUCCGAUACACCUCCGUCCAUGGCUUCCGAUCUCUCAACGCCGCCAGUCACCGUCGAAUCACUAAACCCUAAGGUAUUGAAAUGCGAGUAUGCUGUUCGUGGUGAAAUUGUCUCCUUGGCUCAGAAAUUACAGCAAGACUUGCAAGCAAAUCCUGGUUCUCAUCCAUUUGAGGAGAUACUUUACUGUAACAUUGGAAAUCCACAAUCACUUGGUCAACAACCGAUCACUUUCUUCAGAGAGGUUCUCGCAUUGUGUGAUCAUCCCGCCAUAUUGGACAAGAGCGAAACACAGGGUUUGUUUAGUGCGGAUUCCAUAGAGCGAGCAUGGCAGAUCCUUGAUCAAAUUCCUGGAAGAGCUACCGGGGCAUAUAGUCACAGCCAGGGUAUCAAGGGAUUGCGUGAUAGCAUUGCUGCUGGGAUUGAAGCUCGUGAUGGUUUCCCUGCUGAUCCAAAUGAUAUUUUCUUGACAGAUGGUGCAAGUCCAGCGGUCCAUAUGAUGAUGCAGUUACUGAUAAGAUCAGAGAGUGAUGGAAUUUUUUGUCCAAUUCCUCAGUACCCUCUUUACUCUGCUUCAAUCGCUCUACACGGUGGCACUCUUGUUCCUUAUUAUCUUGACGAAGCUACCGGUUGGGGACUUGAGAUUUCUGAACUUAAGAAGCAACUGGAAACUGCUAGACAAAAGGGUAUUACUGUUAGGGCUUUGGUUGUUAUUAAUCCAGGCAACCCAACAGGCCAGGUUCUUGCUGAGGAGAACCAACGAGAUAUUGUGGAGUUCUGCAAGAAAGAAGGUUUGGUUCUUCUAGCAGAUGAGGUUUACCAAGAAAACAUCUAUGUUCCCGAGAAGCAAUUUCACUCUUUCAAGAAAGUAUCUCGCUCUAUGGGAUAUGGUGACAAGGAUAUCCCCUUGGUUUCGUUUCAAUCAGUGUCUAAAGGCUAUUAUGGGGAGUGUGGGAAAAGAGGUGGUUACAUGGAGGUCACUGGUUUUACUCCUGAAGUUAGGGAACAAAUUUACAAGGUGGCAUCAGUGAAUCUGUGCUCAAACAUCUCUGGUCAGAUUCUUGCAAGCCUUGUUAUGAGCCCUCCAAAGGUUGGAGAUGAGUCAUACGAGUCCUAUUUCUCUGAAAAAGAUGGCAUCCUACAAUCACUGGCAAGACGUGCAAAGACAUUGGAAGAUGCACUAAACAGCUUAGAGGGUGUUACUUGUAACAAAGCUGAAGGCGCAAUGUAUCUUUUUCCACGCAUUCGACUGCCUAACAAAGCAAUAAAAGAAGCAGAGGCAGCUAAGAAGGCACCUGAUGCAUAUUAUGCUACCCGCCUUUUGAAUGCCACUGGUAUAGUUGUGGUUCCUGGUUCUGGUUUUGGUCAGGUCCCUGGAACAUGGCAUUUUAGGUGCACGAUAUUGCCACAGGAGGAGAAGAUUCCAGCCAUUGUUUCACGGUUGACAGAUUUCCACAAGAAGUUCAUGGAUGAGUUCCGCGAUUAAAUCUAUCAUACGAGUUUUUUGUUACUUUUGUUCAUGAAUCGUGACAAACAGGCCUUGAAAAUUUUGAAAUAAAAAGGUCAAAUAACUCUCUUUUAUAGCUUUGCCAAACUUUUGUUAAUUGUGUUUACGUUUUCUGCUCAAUGAGAUUCUAUCGAAAAUAUAUCUUGCGUUAGCAUUAGCAUUA